AUGAAUGAAAUAUUGAAAGAUGAUCCUAUGAUUAUCUCAAUGAGUUUAAAUAAAAUUAAUUUGCAUUAAUAUAAAGUUUUUGGAUAUUUAAAUACUAAAAUUGAAGUAUAUAGAGAAGAUAGUAAAAGAAUUUAAAUGGUUGAAAGUAAAUGUUUGAUGAAAAGAAUGUAUUCUUUUUAUUUAUUUAAAUUAUAGCCUUAUUUAAUUUUGA